AUGAUUAUCAAGCCAAACGACGCUACGGAACCAGCCAACCUCUUGAAGAUUUUAGAUUUUCCCAGUUUGCCCGAGGGCGUCACGAAAACGACAGGCUUCUGCUCACAUCGGCGGUCGUCACAAGGACCCGAUGUGGCCUACAGAGUAUCCAAAGAGGCCCAGCUCAGCGCCCCUACCAAACAGCUGUAUCCAGGCGAUGUAUUCCCUGAGGACUUCUCCAUCUUGGCCACAGUGAGGCCCAAGAAGGGCAGCCAGUCCUUCCUGCUGUCCGUCUACAACGAGCAGGGAAUCCAGCAGGUGGGACUGGAAAUGGGUCGCUCGCCCGUCUUCCUGUACGAGGACCACACGGGGAAACCCAGCCCGGAGGACUACCCGCUCUUCCGGGGGAUCAACCUGGCCGACGGAAAGUGGCACCGAGUAGCCAUCAGCGUGCACAAGCAGACCAUCACCCUCAUUCUGGACUGUAAAAAGAAGACCACCCAGAAACUGCUGCGCUCGGCCCACCCCAUCAUCGAUACCAAAGGAAUAGUAGUGUUUGGAACAAGGAUACUUGAUGAAGAGGUCUUUGAGGGAGAUAUCCAGCAGCUAAUGAUUGUAGCAGACCACCGCGCUGCCUAUGACUACUGCGAACACUACAGCCCCGACUGUGAGGUGGCGGUGCCCGACCAGCCGCAGAACCAAGACCCCAACACAGACGACUAUAACACGGAGGAGGACAGCUACUAUUAUGAAUACCCUUACUAUGAUGACGGAGAUGGAAAAGCCCUUGAAUCAACUGCCGACGCAGAGGAGAAGGAAGUUAAGGUUACAGGUGUGGUUUCAAGAGAUGACGUGAGGGUCGACCCUAGUGGCAAAGUGACCACCAUCAUAUCGAGCGCUUCCUCUUCUGGCUCAUCUUCCGCUGGCUCGACCUCUUCUGGCUCGUCCUCUUCCGGCUCGUCGAGUAGCUCCUCGUCAACUGCCACAGGCGGAGGCAACGACGGCUCUGACAGCUAUGACACCUACGGCAACUAUGAAAACUACUACGACGAGUUGACGCCGGCGACCCCCGACAACGAUGACGACUCCGGGCGUGUCACCUUCACCAGCACCGGCACCGGCGGCAAACUAGACCUGGGAAUGGCUGGAAAGAUUGACCUGGGUGCAGGGAGCGCUGUGGAAACGAGGGUCGUACCGGGUGGCGGGGGAAGCUCCUUCACCAUCAAUAAAACCUCGGCUGGAACUUCCUAUGAUGACUACAGCGAUGGCUACGAUUAUGGAGUGGAUAGCCACAUUAACACCGGCGGAGGAGGCGGCAGUAGUCGCACAGUCACCAUUGGUGGUGGUGGUGGAGGUAGCAGCAGCAGUGACACCAUCAGCCUGGGUGGGGGAGGUAGCAGCGGCGGCAGCAGCAGAAUCCAUCUUGGUGGUGGCGGUAGCAGCAGCACAAUCGACCUUGGUGUCGGAGGAGGCAGCAGCACAAUCGGCCUUGGUGUCGGUGGUGGCAGCAGCACAAUCGACCUCGGUGUCGGUGGUGGCAGCAGCACAAUCGACCUUGGUGUCGGUGGUGGCAGCAGCACAAUCGACCUUGGUGUCGGUGGUGGCAGCAGCACAAUCGACCUUGGUGUCGGAGGGGGCAGCAGCAGUGGCACCAUCACGCUAGGUGGUGGAGGCGGCAGAGCCAGCAGUAGUUCUACCAUUACACAAGGAGGCGGUUCUGUAUCUGUCGGUGGCGGUUCUGUCUCGGUGGGCGGAUCUUCCACGACCGGCGGCGGAUCAGCCCAAGCCGGCACUGGCGCCGGUGGCUCUAUUGCCACCGGAACCGGUCUAGGCGUUGAGGGCGAAGACGACUACAAGGACCUGGACGGAUUCAAAGAGGGGCUCAUCACCGACUAUACUGAUUUGGAGGAUACGUAUGACAACUACGAUGACAUCGACUACCAAGAUAAAGUUUCCAAAGGGCUUCCUGCUGAGACCAAUGAGUAUUACGAACAGGUUGACGGCGUUCGUGGCGAGAAGGGACAAAAGGGAGAGCCCGCUGUCAUCGAGCCUGGAAUGCUUAUGGAGGGUCCGCCUGGGCCUGAGGGGCCAGCAGGUCUUCCCGGACCCCCGGGUCCCUCUGGGUCACCAGGCACUCCAGGAGAUAUAGGCGAGAGGGGCCUACCGGGUCGUGCUGGUCUUCCUGGUGCCGAUGGUCUGCCAGGACCCCCUGGCACUGUCCUCAUGCUGCCUUUCCGAUUAAGUGCCGGAGGAGACUCUGGCCAGAAGGGACCUGCCGUGUCAGCUCAGGAGGCCCAGAUGCAAGCCAUCAUGCAGCAGGCUCGGUUGGCCAUGCGUGGAUCGACCGGUCCGAUGGGUUUGACUGGCAGAUCCGGCCCACUGGGUCCUCCAGGUGUGCCAGGAAUAAAGGGAGAGUCCGGAGAAGCGGGCCCUCAGGGUCCACGUGGACCAAUGGGAUCACAUGGACCUUCCGGAAAGCCCGGCAGAAGGGGUCGCGCCGGAGCUGACGGUGCCAGAGGCAUGCCGGGUCAGUCUGGACCAAAGGGAGAUCGUGGGUUCGAUGGUCUGGCUGGUCUUCCUGGUGAAAAAGGACACAGGGGUGAAGCAGGCCCCCAUGGACCACCUGGUUCUCCCGGCGAGGAUGGAGAGAGGGGAGAUGACGGCGACAUCGGACCAAGGGGACUUCCCGGUGAACCCGGCCCUCGUGGCUUGCUGGGACCUAAAGGACCCCAGGGACCUCCCGGACCUCCUGGCGUCACUGGAGCGGAUGGCCACUCUGGACCCAAAGGCAACAUCGGACCUCAAGGAGAACCAGGACCACCAGGCCAGCAAGGAAACCCCGGUGCUCAGGGACUUCCUGGACCCCAAGGAGCCAUUGGUGGACCCGGAGAGAAGGGCCCCAAUGGUAAGCCUGGUCUGCCAGGAAUGCCAGGAGCUGACGGACCCCCGGGUCACCCUGGAAAAGAGGGACCUCACGGAGAGAAGGGAAACAUGGGCCCCGGUGGUCCUCAAGGACCCCUCGGUUACCCCGGGCCUCGCGGCGUGAAGGGAGCAGAUGGCGUCCGCGGCCUGAAAGGUCACAAGGGAGAGAAGGGAGAAGACGGCUUUCCGGGCUUCAAGGGAGACAUGGGUAUCAAGGGCGACAGGGGUGAACUCGGAUCGGCGGGACCCAGAGGAGAAGACGGGCCCGAAGGUCCAAAGGGUCGAUCUGGUCUCCCUGGAGACUCCGGUCCCCUCGGCCCAUCUGGCGAAAAGGGUAAACUUGGAGUACCCGGCUUGCCAGGAUACCCAGGAAGACAAGGACCAAAGGGAUCUCAGGGAUUCCAAGGCUUCGCAGGUGCCAACGGGGAGAAAGGAACUCGGGGAACGGCGGGAAAGCCGGGUCCACGUGGGCAGCGAGGACCGACGGGUCCUCGUGGGGAGAGAGGGCCGAGAGGACCGACUGGCAAAGCCGGACCUAAAGGUAACUCGGGGACAGACGGACCACCAGGACCUAGCGGCGAGAGGGGUCUGCCAGGACCUCAGGGACCGACAGGAUUCCCCGGACCAAAGGGCCCACCCGGGCCCGCAGGGAAAGACGGACUUCCUGGACAUCCUGGACAGAGAGGAGAGACUGGAUUCCAAGGAAAGACCGGACCUCCUGGACCCCCUGGUGUGGUUGGACCUCAGGGACCGACGGGCGAGACAGGACCGAUGGGAGAUCGCGGCCACCCCGGACCCCCAGGUCCACCCGGCGAGCAGGGUCUCCCUGGAUCCGCAGGAAAGGAAGGAGCUAAGGGUGACCCGGGCCCCGCUGGCCCCGCCGGUAAGGACGGCCCACCUGGACCCAGAGGUUUCACCGGAGAGCGAGGCCUCCCCGGACCUGUGGGAGCUCACGGUCUGAAAGGCAACGAGGGUCCUCACGGUCCACCCGGCCCAGCUGGGUCCCCCGGUGAACGUGGCCCCGCUGGCCCCGCCGGACCCACGGGUCUGCCCGGACGCCCCGGCCCACAGGGACCCCCUGGCCCGGCAGGAGAGAAGGGCGGACCGGGAGAGAAAGGACCUCAAGGCCCAGCUGGAAGAGACGGUAUUCAGGGGCCCGUGGGCCUACCGGGACCCGGAGGACCGCCCGGACCACCUGGCGAGGAUGGAGACAAGGGAGAACUUGGAGAACCCGGCCAGAAAGGAAGCAAAGGUGACAAAGGAGAACAUGGUCCCCCAGGCCCCAACGGACCUCAAGGACCAGUCGGAGCACCCGGUCCUGCCGGAGCAGAUGGCGAGCCUGGUCCCAGAGGUCAGCAGGGUCUGUUCGGACAGAAGGGAGACGAAGGAUCGAGAGGUUUCCCCGGACCCCCGGGCCCAGUCGGCCUGCAGGGCUUGCCCGGUCCGGCCGGCGAAAAGGGAGAAACCGGUGACGUCGGUCAGAUGGGCCCACCCGGUCCACCUGGUCCCAGAGGCCCCUCCGGACCCCCUGGUGCCGACGGCCCCCAGGGACCUCCCGGUGGUACCGGCAACCCUGGUGCUGUUGGCGAAAAGGGAGACGCCGGUGAGACCGGAGAGCCAGGUCUUCAGGGAGAUGUCGGUCCAUCGGGUCCAAGAGGAGAGCGGGGAGAGAAGGGAGAGUCAGGUCCAGCUGGCACUGCUGGGCCUUCUGGUCCUAAAGGUCCUCCAGGAGAUGACGGUCCCAAAGGAAGUCCAGGUCCGAGCGGGUUCCCUGGUGAUCCUGGUCCCCCUGGAGAACCCGGUCCAGCCGGUUUAGAUGGCCCAGCUGGUGACAAGGGAGAUGACGGAGAAGCAGGCCAGGCAGGUUCCCCUGGACCCACUGGAGAGUCCGGUCCCUCUGGACCACCAGGAAAGAGAGGACCUCCAGGAGUGACAGGACCUGAGGGCAGGCAAGGAGAGAAGGGAGCCAAGGGAGAGUCUGGCUUGGAAGGUCCACAAGGGAAAACUGGUCCUGUUGGACCUCAAGGAUCACCUGGCAAACCCGGUUCUGAAGGUCUCAGAGGAAUCCCUGGCCCUGUUGGGGAGCAAGGUUUACCUGGUUCUUCUGGACCGGACGGACCUCCCGGGCCGAUGGGUCCCCCAGGCCUACCUGGUUUGAAAGGAGACUCUGGCAUCAAAGGAGAGAAGGGUCACCCAGGUCUUAUCGGUCUAAUCGGGCCACCAGGCGAGCAGGGAGAAAAGGGUGACCGAGGUCUUCCCGGUCCACCGGGAACGUCCGGUCCCAAAGGAGACAAUGGCAUUGCUGGUCCUUCUGGUCCACUUGGUCCGCUUGGUCCUCCUGGAUUACCGGGUCCUCCUGGUCCCAAAGGUGCUAAAGGAUCUUCGGGUCAAACUGGACCAAAGGGAGAGACUGGUACCCCUGGAAUACCUGGACCCCCUGGCCCUCCUGGCGACGUCAUCCACCCGCUGCCCAUCAUGGCUUCCAACAAGGGCAGAUCGCGCAGGAACAUCGACGCCAGCAUGAUGAUGGACGAGGAGGCGGGCGACGCAAACUACAAGGACUACGACGACGGCAUGGAGGAGAUCUUCGGCUCGCUCAACUCGCUCAAGCUGGAGAUCGAGCAGAUGAAACACCCCUUGGGCACGCAGGCCAACCCCGCCCGCACCUGCAAGGACCUCCAGCUGUGCCACGCCGACUUCCCCGACGGCGAGUACUGGAUCGAUCCCAACCAGGGCUGCUCCCGGGACUCCUUCAAAGUUUAUUGUAACUUCACAGCCGGCGGCGAGAGCUGCAUCUUCCCCGACAAAAAGUCCGAAGGGAGCAAAAUGGCAAAAUGGCCCAAAGACUCGCCAGGCACAUGGUAUAGUCACUACAAGAGAGGUUCCCUGCUCUCCUACGUGGAUGCCGAGGGAAGCCCCAUCGGCGUGGUCCAGAUGACGUUCCUGCGCCUGCUGAGCGCCGCCGCCCGCCAGAACAUGACGUACAGCUGCCACCAGUCGGUGGCCUGGCACGACCAGGAGCAGGACAACUACGACAAGGCCAUCCACUUCCUGGGCUCCAACGACGAGGAGAUGUCCUACGACAACAACCCCUACAUCCGCGCCGUGGUCGACGGCUGCGCGCUGAAGAAGGGCUACGACAGGACGGUGCUGGAGAUAAACACCCCCAAAGUGGAGCAGGUCCCCCUGGUGGACAUCAUGUUCAACGACUUCGGCGGCCCCUCGCAGAAGUUCGGCUUCGAAGUGGGCCCCGUCUGCUUCCUCGGCUAGAGACUGAGCAAAACAAAACAAAACGACACUUCAUUUUUGUUCUACGAAAAAAAACAAAAAAAAAAUAGGACAAUUCUUCUAUUUGUACAAAUUUGUUUUUAUUUCCAUACAAUUCUGUAGGAUAAGAGGAGAAAGAAAGAAAAAAAAAACCCUUGAAACCUCAGCGCGCCUUCUCCAUCACACGCGAGUUUUGAAACUGGAUGCCACACGUGACCUUUGACCUGUAAUCUCCCGCCACGGACUCCAUUUUGGCUCUGCUCCCCCCCCCUCCUUUUUUUUUUUGCUUGCUUUUGUUGGGAGCUUCGUUUGUGCAUAAAUGUCUCUAUUUGAUAUAUAAAUAUAUAUAAAUAUCUAUAAAUAUGUCUGUAAGUACAUUCUGUAUAUUGUUCCUGACUGUGUUUAUCGCUUCCUGCCUUCAAAACACGCACGCGACUCGAUUGACAGCGGAGCGGGAGACGACACAAUGUGGCCAAAAUUCGAGCCGAAAAAAAAAAAUAAUUUUGAUUUGCAUAACCAAAGAGGGUCAAAGAUGUCACUUUCCAGCUUCCUCCAAACCCAAAGAAAUCCGAAACAAAGAACAACUUUUUGGUGCUAUUUUCCUCCUUCUGUGGUGCUACACUUGCUUGUGUCUUUUUUUUUAAGACGCCGAGGAUCCGAAGAGCAGGAUCCGGCGGCGGCGGCGCCUUCCUGCCUAAAAAGUGACAGCUCUGAAGUGGCUUCAAGGCCAAUCGGUGCUUUUUAUUUUUUAUUGCCAAUCUUUUCUAUUGUUCUUGUUGAAACUGCACUCUCUUGCUUAUGACCACUAAUAUCUACCACAGAAUCUCUGCAAGCCUUUUUUUUUUGUUUUGUUUUGGUUCCUUUUGUUUAAUAAAAUAAUAAAAAUAAAUGAAUACGUGACUUGAACAAUUUAUUCUCAGAUUUUUCUGAAUACGCUUUAUUGUUUGUUGCCAUGAUGACGGACACAUUUCUUGUAUAUUGCCGCUGUUUGUCAAACCUGUGAGCGGACAAAAAGAGUAAAAAGAUUUUAUUUUAUUUUUAUUUUUUUUGCCCCCCCCCCCCAAAAUGUCAAUAAAUUCAAGUCCACUGUGGCCAUCCACUCCUUUGUAUGUCUUCUGAAGCAUUAAAACCUAUCUGUAUGCAUGAAA